CCCUUCACUCGACGUGGUGUGCUCUCAACUGUAAACAGUUUGUUUGAUCCUCUUGGGCUGCUCGCACCGGUAACUAUCAAAGGCAGACUUCUUCUCAGGGAGCUCACCAGCCGCAACCUUGAAUGGGACACCCCGUUGCCGCAAGACAUGUAUGACGACUGGAGAAGAUGGCAGGACUCGUUACAGCACCUGGCAACCCUCCACAUUCCUCGUACCUAUGUGUCCUUCUCCAUCUCACAAUCCACAUUAAUUGAACUCUGCAUGUUCUCAGAUGCUUCUGUGAAAGCAAUUGCAGCAGUAGCCUACCUGAAAGUAACACAUGGUGAUGGCCACAACGAAGUCGGUUUCGUCAUGGGCAAAGCCAAACUUGCUCCUAUGCCAGAGCUCACCAUUCCCAGAUUAGAACUCUGUGCUGCAGUGCUUGCGGUGGAGAUGUCAGAGCCUCUCAAUGAUGAGUUGAAGGUCAAGAUUGACAAGAUCACAUUUUUCACUGACAGCAAAGUGGUGUUGGGUUACAUCCACAACAAGAACAGAAGAUUUCAUGUAUAUGUGAACAACCGUGUGCAGAGAAUCAAGCAAUCCUCUCUCCCAGAGCAGUGGAAAUACAUCCCAUCUGAGCACAAUCCAGCUGAUCAUGGUUCUCGCUCACUGGCUGCGGAGAAAAUCGAAAGAACAACAUGGUGGUCUGGCCCAGCAUUUCUUCUCAACACCAAGAGUGGUGCUCCUGAAAAAGGCCCAUUCAAACUCAUUGACCCAGAGUCAGACGUGGAAAUUCGACAGAAUGCUACCGUGCUUGUGACCAGAACCACUUCAGGUAGUUUAGGUUCAAUGCGAUUUGAACGAUUCUCAAAAUGGACCUCUCUUGUCAAAGCAGUAGCAUACCUUUGUCACAUCGCUCACAGUUUCAAGUCUAAAGAUUGUGAAGGCUGGCACCUCUGCAAAACAAGUCUCACAGGAGAAUCCUUAACUCGAGCAGAGUACACUAUCAUUAGAUGUGUCCAACAUGAAGUGUAUGCCGAAGAGAUCAAACGCAUCAAGGCAAAACAAGAUCUGCCACGCAACAGUCCUCUAUACAAGCUCAAGCCGAUCAUCGAUGAUAAAGACCUACUCCGUGUUGGAGGACGCUUGUCAGAGUCCAAACUCACAAGUCAAGAAGCUAAUCCUCUUCUGAUCCCAAGAAUGCAUCACAUUACUACCCUGCUCAUUCGACAUCAUCAUGAAGCUGUAAAGCAUCAAGGAAGACACUUCACUGAAGGAGCAGUGCGAGCAAGUGGUUUGUGGCUGGCUGGUGCCAAGAGAUCCAUCAGCAGUUUUAUCCAUAAAUGUGUGACUUGCAAAAAGCUUCGAGGGAAAACAGAGCAGCAAAUCAUGGCAGAUCUGCCCGCCGAGCGUCUACAAACUGAUCCUCCAUUUUCGUAUGUUGGCCUGGAUGUUUUCGGACCAUGGGAGGUCACAACGUGCCGCACAAAAGGUGGUCAUGCUGACAGCAAACGAUGGGCGGUUCUGUUCACUUGUAUGUGUACAAGAGCCAUUCAUAUCGAAGUUGUAGAGACAUUAAGCUCUUCAAGUUUUAUCAAUGCUCUUCGCAGAUUUUUCGCCAUCAGAGGGCCCGCUAAACAGCUACGGUCCGACUGUGGUACCAACUUCAUUGGCGCAUCCAAAGAGCUGAAGAUGGAACCUCCAAAGCCUGACGACACAAGUGUGGAUGACUAUCUGCGUGAACAAAGGUGCUCCUGGGUGUUCAACCCUCCUCACUCAUCCCACAUGGGAGGCACGUGGGAGCGUAUGAUAGGAAUCGCGCGUCGCAUCCUCGACUCUAUGCUCUUACAAGCAGGAAAUCCUUUACUGACUCACAAGGUACUAACAACGUUGCUCGCUGAAGUCACAGCUAUCAUCAACGCAAGACCCUUGGUGCUUGUCUCCUCAGAUCCUGACGCACCUCUCAUCUUGACUCCCAUGACGCUGCUAACACAAAAAACAAAAGCAAUACCAGUUCCACCAGGAGAUUUCACCAACGCUGACAUAUUCAAAUAUCAGUGGAAAAGAGUUCAAGUCCUUGCCGACACCUUUUGGACCAGAUGGCAAAGGGAGUACCUCAACAUGCUCCAAAGCCGUCAGAAGUGGCAACGCAACAAACCAAAUCUGAAGGAGAAAGAUAUCAUUCUUCUGAAGGACAAGCAACUAAAACGGAAUGAAUGGCCCAUGGGAAUCAUCGUGAAGACUCUUCCAAGCAAGGAUGGAGUUGUGAGGAAGAUUGAGGUCAAAGUAGCACGCAACAAGACUAUGAAGAUUUUCUCCAGACCUAUCUCAGACUGUUAUCCCCCACUGUUUAGUUAGUUUAUUAUGGCAUUCUUAAAAUAAUGCCAGGCGGGGAGUGUAUUGGAACUGUUUUGUGUUGUGUUCUUCCAGCCUGCUGGGGGGCGCUAGUUGUGAUUUUGGUGAUAUAUUUAGCCAGUAGGUGACAAGAAGUAAAACUACUAGCUUGAAAAUGUCAGUCAGUCCAUGAGGUGUUUUGCGGUUAGAUCUGAAACCAUCCUCUCAUUUCCAGCCCUUUGAGUGGCAAUAUGAUUUCACACUUUUUUACAUUAAAUCCUGGUCAAAGACAACACCUGCCUGUUCCUUGGAGGAAGUGAUGCAAGAGAGAGUUUAGCUGGCUGUGAAUCUCAAUUAGGACAAGGGGUCACGUUGAGUGUAACAGUACAGCACAUAUUAGGGAUAUAUGAAACUGAAACAUGAAUAAAGCCAGGUUUAAAUCUCUUGCUUCAUAUUGUUGACAUGGAGGCUUAACAAUAAUCCACGCUUCGAUAGGCAUGCCCACAAAUCCUCCUGUACGAUCCAUAUAUGAUCCAUAUACAGUCUAAAUUCCUUGUUGCUUUCAGCAUGUACAGUAUAGAUGUCAGUUAAUCAUUGAACUUUUAACUAUUAUGGUCCACUUCAUUUUGUAAGUGAAAAUGAACUAGGGCUAACCUGAGUUUGUGUUGGUGUUUUAUGAAUAAAAAGUUUGUAGUUCAUAAUUUAUAUAUAGGAAUGUUUAGUAUAUUGUCAUUUUACUUAAGGCGAGGCACUGCAGGUGAAUAGGAAAAAAUGUUUUAACAUAUUCUUUAGUUUACUAAGUUAUAUAAAUGUAAAAAAAUAAAUAAAUAAACUGUUAGAUCAUGCUAUGUAUUCAUAUAGAAAUAAACC